AUGGGAAAUUUUAUUAGUGGCCAAAGGAAAUAAUAAGCUAUUUAAGAGAGUAUUUCAGAAUAAGAGAUUCAAAAAUAUUCUCAUAUAAAAGCAAUAGCCAUAAAUUCACCAUAGAAUUUUACAUUAGAUGACGCAAAAUAUAAUUGCAUCGAAACUAUUAACUUCCAUUUAGCAUUUAGAAACCUUAAUGAUGAAGAAAUCAUACACAUUUCUAAUUUGCUUUAUAUUCUUCCUCAGACUCUUCGUGUAGCCAAUUUCAUGUUACAAUCCAAUAAAGUAUCAGAGAAAGGUUGGAGUUGCUUUUUCUCUAAUAUAAAAUAUUUGAGUUCCCUCUCUCAGUUAAGUUUAUCACUGAAUAAUAGUGAUAGCUUGAAUAUAAAACCAAGCAACUUUAAAACCCUUGGCAAGAGUUUGCCAAAGAGUCUUACAUUGAUAUAUUUAAAUUUAAACACAAUAUAAAUAAGUUUGAAGUGCAUUGAAGAGCUUUUAAAAGAAGCUACAUAAAAGCCUAAUUUAAAUUCAGUCAGAUUGUUAGCAAAUUAAUUAAUUGAAGAUUAUAAUGGAUACUUUUUUGAAAAAUUUCAUACAUGGUUUUCAAAGUCAAAUGUGAGUGUAAUUGAUUUUUAUUUAAGUUUUUAAACAAUUAAUGACUAUGAUGUAGCUACUUCCUUUGAGUAAUUCUUUGCUAACAUUCCUAACCACUUAUAAAUGAUAAAGCUGCAAAUAAGAAUAAAUUUAACUGCAACAGCAUAUUUGAGCAUAACUUAAAUAAUUAAUAAAUUAAUGAAAAAAAUUAAUGGAAAGAAACUGGAGAUAUUAUAACUUGAAAUAUUAAGCAAAUAAUAAAAUAAUUUUGAGUUUAAAAAUCAAAUAGCCUGCAUAAAUAAUAUAUUGCUAGCAUUAAAUACCUCUAACUUAAGUUACUUCUAGUUAUUUUCCUAGUUUGGGAGUUUCACUUGUAAAAAUUCAGAACUAUAAAUUUCAAAUAUUAGCCACAUUGAACUUUAAAAAGGUGAUAUUUUUGAAACUGCUUUAAGCACACGUUUAAGCUUUCAUUAUGAAAAUAUACCUGAACUUCAUUAUUUAUUAAACAAAUAAAAAAUUAUAUAAAUGCUUCAAAUAGCUAUCUAUUCAAAAUUAGUUUAGCCAACUCUCUUUAGUUAUUCUAAAAGUUUUUAAAUGAAGUAUAAUUGUUGGGAUUUGCAUUUUUGA